CUGAAGCUUCAGACUGUGUGCAGACUCCCUCCGGCGAUGUGCGUCUAACAGGGAGCCAAUCGGUGGCACCAGUCUGACUCGGUGAGUCUCUUUAAGACUAUCAGUGCCAUGGCACCACCACAUCCUCAGUCCACUAAUCCCUCCGCAGCUUUUUAUUGGUGACAGCGCGCCACUGGAGGAUUCUUUUUACGCACAAGUCUCUGUCCUCCUGUUGCGACAUGAAGAACUCUAGCCUUUUGGGCGGCGACUCACGAAGCGUUGAUUUAAAAGACUUUCUUUUGUUGGACACUUUGAAGCAGGUUGUGGAUUCUCCUGAGGGCACUGCCAUGGCUGGAUUAUUGGGCAGUGGUGCCUUCUUUCUUGAAGGCAGCGCAUUCAGGACUGCCGCUGGAGCUGAGUUUAUGGCCGCUCCGCCGACGGAAUCCCCGCACCUGGUGCCCGCCUUUUGGGAUUCCCCCCUCAGUCACGGAAUCAAUGUGUUUGUGGGACUCGUGCUUUGCUUUACUAUGCUGGGACUGGGCUGCACAGUGGACGUGAGCCAGCUUGGUGAACAUAUUCGCAGACCCAUCGGGGUUCUACUGGCUCUGGUGUGUCAGUUUGUUAUCAUGCCUUUGGUGGCCUUUCUGUUGGCUUUAGCCUUCUCUCUGGAUGAUGUGGCAGCGAUGGCUGUGCUCCUGUGUGGUUGCUGCCCGGGAGGAAACUUAUCAAAUAUCAUGUCCCUGUUGGUGCACGGAGAGAUGAAUCUAAGCAUCGUCAUGACCAUAUCUUCCACUCUGCUGGCACUCGUGCUGAUGCCACUGUGUCUGUGGAUCUACAGCCGGGCCUGGAUCAACACACCUGUGGUUAACCUCAUGCCCUUCGGGGCCAUCAUCCUGACCCUCUGCAGCACUCUCAUCCCGAUUGGUUUAGGGGUGAUGCUGAGGUAUCGCUACUCGCGUGUGGCGGAUAUUGUUUUAAAGGCGUCUCUGUGGUCUCUGCUGAUUACUCUUGUGAUGCUCUUUAUCCUCACCGGAGCGAUGCUGGGACCUGAGCUCUUGUCCACCAUCCCGCCCUCCGUCUAUGUGGUGGCCAUCCUGAUGCCUCUCUGUGGCUACGCAGCAGGCUAUGGCCUGGCCGUCCUCUUCGACCUGCCACCAAACUGCCGCAGGGCCGUCUCUCUGGAAACCGGAUGCCAGAACGUGCAGCUGUGCACCGCCAUCCUGAAGCUGGCCUUCCCCCCUCAGCUGAUGGGAGGGAUGUACAUGUUCCCCCUGCUGUAUGCUCUGUUCCAAGCAGCCGAGGCAGGCAUCUUCAUCCUGGCCUACAGGAUGUACAGGAAGAAGGUCCUGCACAAACCAGACCCCAUGAGGAACAACGAAGACACAGAUAUCACAUAUCAGAGGUUUGAGGAUGACGACUUUGACUCGUCUUACGGUGCUGUGACAGUGAGUGACCCAAACACCAUCAUGUUGGACCCCUGUCCUCCUGAUCCAACCCCUGUUUAAUGUACAAAUCAUACAAAUCUGUUCCCUACAGGGGCAGAACGAGACCUACAUGUGGAUCCACUAUUCAUAUAGGAAAACUGAAUCACAGGACUAUAGAGGGAAUCACAGAUUGUUCAUCUGCAAUGUCAUAAGCUUCAUUCAUUUGGUUGGACAAAGACAUUCAAAAAUCAUAUUAAGAGAUGUUCUGAUAACAGUACCAUAAAUGCCUCAGAUAGGUGGGAUUUAAAUCAUAAAAUCUAAUCCUCUGGGAUUUAGAAACUGAGACAUCACCAGUUUAUGCAUCAAGUCUAUACUGUAAUUUAUUAGCUGUGGAAAGAUGACGACCUGUAUCACCAGAAAUGACUUCUUCACUAAUCAAGACCAGAAGACGACACAGCAGAUGCUUUCACCAAGGAUGGUUCAAUUCUCUGGAUGAUUUAUAGCGAGCAACAACUGUUUUAAAAGUGGGAAGAAGCACUAAAGAGUAACUUAAGAUAGAGUAACAGCAUGUUUAAAAAGGGGACUUUUCCACGCUUUGGUUGAUACAGCUUCUAAAGAAGGGUGAACUGAGCUGCUGUUAAAGUUAGCCAGUUUGUUCCUGGUUGCUCUGCGUAAUUCUAGGCCACUAAUUACGUCUGUGUUCAUUUGAAAUGAAGUUCUUUCUGCGAGAGGCCGGUCUUUUUCAAAACAAACAUACCUGGUAAAUAAACUAUUAAAGCAUUACAGAAUAAAGACAGACACAGGAGAGAGAGAGAGAAAAACAAACAGGGCUAUUAUUUAUUCACAGAUUGAUUUACUAAUAUCAUUCAUCAGAAAUCAUAUGUUGGGUAUAUCAGGAGUGAAAAAAAAUGUAUCAGAACAUCUCUUACCAGAAUGAAUCAUAAUGUUUUAAUACAUUGCUGUUUUACCUUUAGAGCUACUUACAUCAGCUAAUUUGUGAACCAGACUGACAGUGUGUAAAACUGUGUGUGUGUGUGUGUGUGUGUGUGUGUGUGUGUGUGUGUGUGUGUGUGUGUGUGGGAGAGACUAAAGACAAACAUAUCACAUUAUUCAUCGCUGCGCUAAUCCAGCAUCUGUGCUCCGUAGACAGAACUAACAGUCUGAACAAACUGUACAAUAUGUGUAUAUUAGAAACAAAUAUAUCAAGAGAAUAAAAUAUGGAAAAACUUAGC